AUGGGCCGAGCUCCCUGCUGCGAUAAAAUAGGACUAAAGAAAGGUCCAUGGUCUCCUGAAGAAGAUCAAAUACUCAUUGAUUUUAUUUGCAUAAAUGGCCAUGGGAACUGGCGGGCACUACCUAAGAAAGCAGGACUCUUGAGAUGCGGGAAAAGUUGUCGCCUACGGUGGAUUAAUUACCUCAGACCAGACAUUAAACGUGGGAAUUUCAGUUCUGAAGAGGAAGAGACUAUUAUUAAGCUUCAUCAACUUCUGGGCAACAGAUGGUCGGCCAUUGCUUCGCGCCUGCCCGGAAGAACAGAUAAUGAGAUAAAGAACCUGUGGAAUACUCACUUGAAAAAGCAGCUUUCGCUUGAUUACUCCGAGUGCGGUGAUAAAAUUCCAUCAAUGGAGAAGGGCAAUUUAGGUCUAAUUCAAGAAAAAGCUUCGGUUGAAUCUACCAGCAGAAUAUCUAACUCUUCCGACACAUCGUAUGAUUCAUACAAUCUGUCAAGCGGAAUCCUCCCAUCUAUAAAUAGAUUAGAGAGCGAGGUUAUUAUAAAUGGGAGUUCAAGUUCAAGUUUAGAUUGGCUUGAAUCCAGUUUUAUAAAUUCUUUUGAUGAGCCACUUGGGUAUAAUCAGCAUGAGCCACCGGAUAUUGAAGAUGACACAUUUAUUAUUGAAAAGCAGGAUUAUGGAGCCGAAAUAAGCACAUAUGAAGUAAUGUUGGAGCAUAGCUCAAAUGGAAAAGCUCACUAUUUCACAUCGGAUUGUGCAGAAGAUGAUUUCUUGAGUAGCAUGGAUGGUGCAGACACAAUUCUCUAUUUGCCUGAAUAUGUAGAAUUGCAGACUAAUAAUGAUGAUUCCGAUGGCUUUGGUUACUGGUUAAAUGUUUUGAAGCAAACCGGGCCAUCACCCACGUUAUUAUAG